AAAUUAUGAAUAUUGAAAAUAUGUAUAUACAUUCUUAUUUACAAAAAUAUGUUUUAUUACUUUAUAAAAUGUAGCUGACUUUUCAACAUUUUAUUAUUAUUAUUGUUAUUCAACAGUUUUUAAACCUUCCUCUGUAAUGGUGAAUCCACAAGUUUGAUUUGAUAAGUCAGGCGCAAAAAUAAUUUCAAAUUCUCUGUUUUUCUUAUUUUCAUAUCUGGUGAUAUUAAAACGGUAAGUAAUACAGUUGCUCCAAGCUAAUCCUAGACAAGGUUCAGUAAUAUUUGUUGUUGGAUUAUCAGUUACCUACAUUUCAUAUAAAUUUUAAUUGCAUUUUUUAAUUUUUUUAUCAUACCUGAUUGACACAAACUACUGCAAAUCCAUAUUUUUUUGCAAGUUUAUUCAACGAGGUUAUUAUUGAGAUAAAAUCUUGACUUCUGUUUUUAUAAUCAACAUCCAAAGAUUCGCUUCGAAAAAUCCCCGCAAUUGAGUCAAUCACAACCAAUCCCACUUUUUUCACUAGUAAAAGUUUUGGUAAAGAAUUGGCUAAACAUCGUUUCAACUGUCCCUGCAAAUUUAUUUUAAUGAAAUCAAUCAAGAGAGAUUUACAAAAACAUACAACAUCCGCUAUAUGUUCAAUAAAAAUAUUGUCUUCAAAAUGUAUACCCAAAUCGUGAUAUUUGAGAGAAAAUGUUAAACCCAAACUUUUCAGUCUUUUAAUAGGAAAAGCAUCUUCUGUGGAUAAAUAGACUACACUUUUUUGUAAACCUCCCAAACUAGUUGGUAACUGUGUCAUUAAAGACAGUUGUAAGCAAAACUGUGUUUUUCCCACACCACUAUAACCAAAAAUUUCUGAAAUUCCGUUUACUGCAAUACCGCCUCGCGUUAUUGCAUCUAUUGCUGAACACCCUGCACUGAUACGCUGCCAUUUAGGUAUUUCUUUCGCUAAAAAUACAUUUCGGUAUCUACAUUUUCCAAUUAUAAAUCAAUACCUGUCCGUAUUUUCCCGCUUAAAAUUAUAUUUGCACUUUCUUUCAAAACUUCUUCAAUACAAUUUGAGUCAAGAUGCGUAAUCUCCAUUAAUUGGGUUUUCGUAUGCCAAAAAAAAUCACUUGGUGAGACAAUAUUUGCUGUAAAAAAAUUAUUCGUACUAAGUGUUUAUAAAUAUUUUAUGUUACCUUUAAGAAGAGAUUCAAAUACGGUGGGAGACACUUUUUCUUUUAGUUUAUCCAUUGUCUAAACAAGUUAUUUACAUUUUUCAAACUCUUGACACAUAACCUAAAAUUGUUGCUUUUACAGACAUGUGUAAUCUGUAACUCACCACUAGAGAGCGCAAUGGUUGAUUAAACAUUUUUUGCUCAAAUAAUGUUAUAAAAGUUAAAUAAGUCACUGUGAUGACAAUAUGAAAUAACUUGUUAUUAGCCCCUGAUAUCAGGCAACUAGCAAUUCAGCUGGCGUUUAUUUCAUUUCCUCCAAUGCUUUUGCCGUAUGUCUUUCUCUGUUUACGUUGGUCAGAUCAAUUUUCGAAUAAGACAACAAAAAUGUUGUGUCUUUAAGAUAUGAAUCCGUUUUCGGAAUUUGAACACAUACAAAUCGAAGAAGUAUGCCGAAUAUGCCUUACCAAGAAAGAUCAGAUGAGUUUAAUUUAUGAAACUGGUUUAGCAGACAUGCUUUUGGAAUGUGCUUCUGUCCAGGUAACACCUGAGAAUGGAUUGUUUAAUUUAGUAUGCCAGCAGUGCCAGAACGAAGUCAGUCGUUGGUACCUCUUUAAACAGCAAGUAGUCCGAUCAUUUGAAGUCGGUAAAUGGUUAUUGGAGAGGCGAAACAAAAAAAUUGAAAAUGAUGAAUUAACAAAUGCAAUAAAAGAUGAAGUCGACAUUCCCUCAACUGAUUUUGAGAAAAGUGGCUUAAAUUUUGAUGUAAAUAUUGCUUUCAACACAUUAGAUGACAACAGUAGAGAUAUACAAAGACUGAAAACGGGCUUGGAAUUCAGUAGUAAUCAAACCAGUUUUGUAGUCAGUAACACCGAUAAUCAAAUUUUGAACACCCAAAGCGACUCUCAAUCAAAAAAGAAGAAAACACAAGAGGACCUUGUUUGUAAAAUUUGCCAUAAACAAUGUGUCACCACCAAUUCCUAUAACCGGCAUAUCAGAACGCAUGACAAUGCUAGACCAUUCGUUUGUAGCAAGUGUGAUAAGGCUUUUAAGACAACCCAAGUGUUAUCAGAACACAUGAAAAGACACUAUGACGACAGACGCCACCAGUGUGCAUUAUGCAGUAAAAAGUUUUACUCAAAAGCGAGUCUCAACGACCACUUGCGGAGCCACACGGGGGAGAAACCUUUCAGGUGUGAAGUAUGCGAAAGGGCUUUUGGGACGAAGGCUAUCCUUAGGCAACACUUGGGGAUUCACACAGUGCGUGAGAAGAAACACCAAUGCAACAUUUGCGGUAAAUUCCUGCUUUCUGCCGGCAGUCUAGACACCCAUGUAAAGAAACAUUCCGGUAUAAAACCAUUCUGCUGUUCCAGUUGUGAUAAAAGUUUUUUCACUAAAGAAGCAAUGCAGAGACAUUUCGACGCAAUCCACGACAGUGAUAACAACUUCCUGUGUAAUUUCUGUUCAAAAGUGUGUUCAACAAAAGUCCAUCUUAAUAAUCACAUGAAAAAGAAACAUCUAGGUUUGGGGAAACCCCCAAAUGCGCUGUGUACCGAAUGUGGGAAACAGUGUGGUUCCGCAGCGGAAUUGAAGGUCCAUGUGAGGGUUCAUACUGGAGAAAGGCCUUACACGUGCGAUAUUUGCAAUAAAAGGUUUAUCGCUAAAGGUAAUCUGAAUUCGCAUAAGUGGAGACAUACGGGGAAGAAGCCGUUUUUGUGUAAUCAUUGUGGAAAAGCGUUUGGGGAAAAGUCCACGUUGAAAGUACACGAAAGGACACACACAGGGGAACAUCCGUAUAAAUGCGAAAUUUGCGAAAAAGCUUAUGUGCAGAGCAGUGCGCUGAAGACACAUAUGAAGAAUCACGGGAAUCAGUAAGAGAUUUAGUUAUUUGGUGUGGAUUUUGGGUGAUAAAGACUAGUCAAGAUUUUGAAUUGUUUGAGUAAUAUGACUGAUUUUUUUAUUUUGUUUACUUAUUUAUUGCGAUCUAAUUGGUGACAAAAUAAUAGAACUCCUUCCAGAAGAGGAAAAUAAGGAAAAACAUCUCAAGUAAUUAAAAAAAAUGAGAUUAUUUUAUUAUUUUGCUUUUCGUAUGAAAUAAGUUCUUUUCAUUUUCGUAAUUUUAUUUACAAAAGUCCAAUCAUACAGGGUGAUUUUUAAAAAACGGCAAGCGCCGUAAGAUUUUUAUUUAUGGCCUAAUAAUUAAUUUCAAAAAUUAAAAAAGAAAUUAAAUUGCUUUCAAUAUAGUGUAAGCUGCGAAUUAUAGAAUUUUUUAAAAUGUUAUUGCUUAUUUUAGGCUAUUUUCAACUUUCUAAUUUUAAAUUGGAACCCAUCUUUUCUUCUUUAUAAUUUAGUGCAGACAUGUAAAAAUUAUUUCACUUUUACUAAAAAUCAUUUUCAAAAAAAUUGUCAAAGUUAAAAAAAUAUUAAAAGUUAAUAAAAUCUUGUAUAGCAUGAUGUCAAAUAAAAUAAUGCCAUUAUUGUAAUAUCAGAAAGCAACAAAUAAAAGAAAAUGUUGCCAAUAGGAGACAUUCAGCAAAGUAGCUGACCUAUGGUGGCAGGCUAGAAACUAUCUAAAUGGGGAAAACAUAUUUUGAAAAUAUCAGUUAUCCAUUUUUGUCAAUUUGACAAGUCAGUUUAAAUAUGAAUAAUAUGGUGUACAUGUCUGUACCAAGAAAACUAAUAUCUUCCAAAUUAUGAAAAAAAUUGGAUCCCUAUUUAAAUUAUAAAAUUGAAUAUAGUCCAAAAUAUACGACAUUUGAAACAAUUCCACAAUUGUCAGCUUUUAAAAGCCAUUUAUUCAAUCCUCUAUGUUAAAAUUGAAUUUUAUCUACUCUUUUCUUCAUGUUAAAAUGAAAUUUUAUCGUCUAGAAUCUAGACUGUAGAUAGCAGAUGUUAGACUAUUUCUUUAUCAACUGUUAUGGGUAGAUAAAGUAGCAUUUUAACCGCAAGGAUAGAUAAAGUAAGACUUUAACAGCAAGGGUAGAUAAAAUGUUUUAACUUUUAUUAAUAACCAUAGUAACGGAGCUCAUUGCGAUUUUUGGGCCAAAGAUUGUACUUUUUUUUUGAAAUUUAAUUUUUUUUCUUAAACUUGAAGUCCUAUAGAAUUUUUUUUUGUAUUACACACGACGAUAAUGAUUG